AUGAAUUUUUACAGAGACUGUGCUGGCGUAUUGACGCGCCUCGCCGAGAAAAAGGGCUCAGUACAAAGUCUGAUCAGCACGCUCCCUGAAAAGGAUCGUAGACGGGGUGCCGCGCUCAUUAUCGAGACGUUAAAAUACCACCCCGUGCUCCUUGAGAUCAUUCAGACUUCAGGAAUUCUCCAACACGAGAAGAAGAUUCUAAAGGACAGCAACCUCGUCUUACUGCUCGUGCAUGAUCUCCUCCUGUCCAAGGGAGGGAUUCAAGCUGCCGAUGGUCCGAUCAAGCAAGCCGUCUUGAAACACAAGACACGCCUCAGUGCCGAGCUCGUCAAAGUCAAAGUCAAACGCGGUGUGACAAAAGUUGAAGACCUCGCUGUGUCGACUGCUGGAUCAUCCGGUAAUGGUCGACGAUGGGUCCGUCUUAAUACACUCAAGUCGAGUCAGGAGGAUAUCCUCCGUGCACUGGAAAAGGAAGGAUUCACUUACGUGGAUGGUGAACAUGACCUCUCGGGCAAAGCCUUCAUCCUUGACCGACACAUUCCGAACCUCGUUGCUAUCGCACCGUCUGUUCGGAUUCAAGAGUCGACCUUGUUCAAUGAGGGAAAGUUGAUUAUACAGGACAAGGCAUCAUGCUUUCCGGCAUUCGUCUUGGAUCCACCUUCGAAUCCGAACACUCACGUUAUCGACGCGACAGCUGCUCCUGGAAACAAGACCUCGCAUCUCAGCGCACUCAUGCAAGGACGAGGCCGGAUUACUGCCUUUGAACGAGACCGAAAGCGAUUUCAGACGCUGAAGACGAUGCUGGAGCGUGCUGGUGCGAGCAACGUUAUGCCAAAGAAUCAAGAUUUCUUGUCUGUGGACCCAAAUGAUGUCGAGUAUGCCAAUGUCACGCACAUUCUACUCGACCCAUCAUGCUCCGGAUCAGGAAUCGUCAAUCGACUGGAUCACUUGGUGCAAACAGAGAACGAAGGGGAUAGUGAGACAGACAAGCGGCUCGAGAAGCUGGCAUCGUUUCAAUUAACCAUGAUCAGACACGCCAUGAAAUUUCCUUCCCUACGUCGCCUCGUGUACUCAACGUGUAGUAUACAUGCAAAGGAAAAUGAGGAAGUAGUGAUUCAAGCACUUGAGUGCGACGAAGCCAUACAAGGGGGCUUUCUUCUGGAGGACAGAAGCAAGGUUAUCCCCGCCUGGCCUCGGAGGGGUAUGCUACCCGAAGGAAUUGCCACAGCCUUUGAUCCGGGCUCGGUAAUCAGGUGCUCUCCAGAGGACGGAACAAAUGGUUUCUUCGUAUCGUGCUUCAUUCGCGACGGCACUGCCUCUGCACCAAGUAAGCGGAAAGCCGAGGCUAUGUCAGAGGGCUCAGAAGACGAAGGUCCCAAAGAGCCAGUAGCAGCAAAGAAGAAGCGAAAGAAGCGAAAGGUCUAG